AUGCGUCGGCUUGACUCAGGUGCUGCUGGGGGUGGUCCUGCUCGGGGUGCUGCGUCUGGGGGUGUUGAGCCUGAGCGUGUGGAGCCUGGGGGUGCUGAGCCUGCGGGUGCGGAGCCUGGGGGUGCUGAGCCUAGGGGUGCUGCGUCUGGGGGUGCUGAGCUUGCUGGUGCUAAGUCUGGGGGUCCUGUGCCUGGUAUUGCUGCGUCUGCUGGAGGUCCUCCGAGUGCCUCGCAGCAGCGGUCUGGCCAGCGGGAGCCUCUCUCACCUCAGCAGCUGCGUGGGUGGUUUACUUGUCGCACACGCCUUCGGAGUCGCGCCGCUGGUGACCCAGGUGCUGCUGGGGGUGGUGCUGCUCGGGGUACUGCGUCUGGGGGUGCUGAGCCUGCGGGUGCGGAGCCUUGGGGUGUCGAACCUGAGCGUGCGGAGCCUCGGGGUGCUGAGCCUGUGGGUACGGAGACUCAGCGUGCGGAGCCUAGGGGUGCUGAGCCUGGGGGUGCUGAGCCUGGGGGUGCUGCUUCUGGGGGUGCUGAGCCUGGUGGUACUGCGUCUGCUAGUGGUCUUCCAAUCGCGCUGCUGGAGCUGGAGGCGCUGGAGCUGGAGGCGCUGGAGCUGGAGGCGCUAGAGCUGGAGGCGCUGGAGCUGGAGGUGUUGGAGCCGGAGGUGCUACCACUGGAGGUGCUGGAGCUGGAGGCGCUGGAGCUGGAGGCGCUGGAGCUGGAGGCACUAGAGCUGGAGGUGCUGGAGCUGGAGGUGCUGGAGCUGGAGGUGCUGGAGCUGGAGGCGCUGGAGCUGGCGGCACUGGAGUUGGAGGCGCCGGAGCUGGAGGCACUCGAGCUGGAGGUGCUGGAGCUGGAGGCGCUGACGCUGGAGGUGAUCAAGCUGGAAGCGCUGGAGCUGGAGGCGCUAGAGCUGGAGGCGCUGGAGCUGGAGGCACUGCUGCUGGAGAUGCUGGAGUUAGAGGCCCUCUGCAGCAGCGACCGUUUUUCGUGCCGCCGCCGCAGCUGUCUGAGCUUCCGCCCGAGUCGGUACUCCGCAAGGUUCUUAGUCUUCCUUCGUCCACUGCCCUUCCUCCUGGCUCGCCGCUGCCUGCCCCGUCUCGUUACACUGAGCAGCCGAUCUCUCUUAGAGAGCGUCGUGAGCCUGCCUCUCGUCCUGUCUCCCCUGUUCGCGCUGUUCGCAGCGCUCGUUGAGUCCCGCGUCCGCGUCCUCCUCCUGUGCCAGGCACUCACACUACGUCACUUCCCUGGGUCUGACCGUGUUCGUGCUGCUAGCCCCACAGUCACGCGUCUUCUGGCUACUGUUGUCACUGACCCGUCGUUUGAGUCUACUGUUGCGUCUGCCUUAGUUGCUGAGCUUGUGGACUUUGCUGCUGCUUGUCGUCUCGACUACGCCGCCAGUCUUGUUGCUGAGUCUGAGUCUAUCUGUCCUCCGUCCGUCCGGGGUGAGUGUGCUCUUGGCACGGACGUCCUUGAGGACAGGCAAGAGGACUUUGACUCUCUUGCGGCUGCUGUACCUCAUCUCGUGGCCUGGCUGCUUGCACCUGAGGGAGACCCGGAUGCACUGGACAUCCCGACCCCGCGCUCUUACGCAGAGGCGAUCUCGGGUCCCUACUUCUCUCAGUGGCAGACAGCCAUGGACGCAGAGAUGGCAUCCUCGAAGUCCACAGGCACCUACGUCGACGAGGUUCCCCCUCUUGGGGCGAACAUAGUCGAUGGCAUGUGGAUUUUCAGGGUGAAGCGGCCACCGGGUUCUCCGCCUGUCUUCAAGGCUCGUUACGUUGCACGAGGCUUCAGUCAGCAACAAAGAGUUGACUUCUUCCAGACCUUCUUCACUCUUCGGGUGUUGCUGCACGUUGCCGCUCAGCGUGACUACGAGCUUCAGUCUCUUGACUUCAGCACAGCUUUCUUGUAG